UGACAGUUUAGUGCAACGUUUCAGCUGUGUUACAUUUUUUCUUAUGUUCAAGUAAGAUCAUGUCAUAGAUUUUAAUUCAGUUAUAUAUAUCAAACAAUUCAAUAUAAAAAAAAUGCCGGCAUUUGUGGUUAUUUUAAAAAGUAACAAAUUGAUCUCGGUUCGUGGUUCGUGGGUAGAAAUACCGAUUUUAGGCGAAGAAUCGCGCAUUUUUCAUUCACCCAAUGCAAAGGAUAAAGCCAACUUUGAAAUUGAAACUUCACAUUUCUUUCAUGUCAAUGAAACAGCGUGCUAUAUCGGGCGUAUUUAUAAACAUUUCGAAACACUUGAAGCUGCCGACCAGUGGCUACAUGAACGGCCACGAAGAAUUCCAAAUGUUUAUAAGCGGUUUAAUCAGCCAAAUGUGGUGGAAACACUAGAUUUGUGCGAAGAUUUGGUAAAUGGUGUUGGUGUGCUUGGAGAAAAUUGUGAAAAUGCAAAUAAUGUCCAAGGGGAAAGUUUACCACUCAAUAACAUAGAAAACCAGCACAAUUUAAUUGAUGACAUCAAUCAAUCAAGAAACAAAAACUUUGAUACGGAUGCCAUUGAAGUUUCUAUUAAUGAAAAUGAUCUCGGCCUCGUCGAUCCCAUCGCACGUGAUGACAAGAACAACGAAAAUGAAAUUACUCUUGACGUACAUUUAUCAGUUAAGGAAAAACCAAAGAAUGAAUCGAUGGAUUUCUGUGUGGUUCUAUUGGCAAAUGGUCAAAUGAUUGUA